AUGCCAUCACUUCAGGGGUUUGUAAGACGAUUUCACUCCUACAUACCGCACAAGGUCGGUCACAGGGUGAGAAAUAGAUUGAAUGCCGCAGUGAAGCUAAGUCGAGUGCCAAGAGACGUGGAGUCAGAGAACGAGCGUCAAGAGAGACGAAUUCAGGAGAAGAACGCGAGACCUGUGACUAAUGCCUCUGCGCAAUCUCUUGUUGAGAAACUAUUGGGUAAGCAACUGGAAGAGAAUACAGUUAUAGGCCCCCGUACAUCGUUUACGGAAGAGGAAUUGAACACUAUCUUCAAGCAAAGAAACCUCAGAUUGAAGUAUAAGGUUCUAGGAACGACGGGUAAUCAGCUUAAAGAUUCACUUAUCGUUGAUAGAGACGUCAUCAAAUACUUGGAGAGAGAUGAGGUGACCAAAGCCGUUUGGUUGGCACGGUUGGCUCGUUAUCAGGGAAUCUUUGCCUAUGGCACUAUACUGAAGUACCUACUGAUCCAUGAAAAGUUUAAUGCGGCGCUGUCACUAUUCAAUGAUAUCAAGAAACGUGGCCAAAGGCCGAACGGCAGAGUGCUUAACAUUCUAUUUAAUGGCUUUGCCAACUACGGCGAAGGUGAUAUGGAGACCGUUAAAAUUUCCGGGAGUAAAGUGGACUCGCUUUACUCUAUCUUCCUAAGAGCUUUAGAGACAUCUCCAGCAGAUGUUUCCAUCGUCCAUGUGAAUACCCUCUUGAAGGUAUUUCGCAGGGCCAAGAAACCCGAUUUGGCAAUAAAGUUGUAUGACAAUAUCUUGGCAUCGAAAAGAAGGGAAUUGAGACCGGAUGUUCGUACUUAUACUGAGAUGUUCUCGAGCCUGAGAUCGUAUACACCAGAUUUCAAAACUGCUGUCCAGAAAGCAGAGGAAUUGUUUGCAAGAUUACAAAAAGAUCCCUUAGUAAAAAUAGACUCGCAGUUAAUCCGAUCAUACUCUUCUGUAUUUGUCUUCGCCAAUGAUCCACGAUUGAAUGCUCGAGCAAUAACUAUUUUGAGAGAAUGGUACAGACUCUGUACCAAAGAGGAUAUCAAAAAGACAGUCAAUUGGUCUAAAUUCAACAAGAAUAUGUUGCAUGAUGGACCUAGAAAGAUUUCUGUGGAUGUUGAUGUUGAUCAGGAGGUUCUUCUUCCUCUUUCAGAUGUCAAUCUGAAGAAGACAAAACGGUUCGAACCUGAUGAGUCCAUAGUUAGAAGAUACUCAAAGAUGUGCAAGCUAUUUGGUAUCAAGGAUGAGUACAAACCAAGAUACGUGGAAGUAGAAUAA